AAAGCAUUAAACUGGUCCAGACUGUGUUUCCGAAAGCAAUUCAAUGAUACCCUCAAUCUAAACUAAUCUAUGGGGAUGUCAUUCCCUCCUUUCCCUCAACCUUUCUCUAUUCCCCAUGCAUCCUCCAAUCAAGAACAGGAUCAAGACGCACAUACAUCACAAGGGUGACAUAAAUUUUCCUACAUUAUAAGUCCCUCUUUCUCCGUUUCUUUGCUCAGCACUAAGGAUUCAAGUCCCAAUGGAGAUUCUGAAGCUCAAGUACUCCAUUCCUCUCAUUUUUCCUUUGUUUUUCGUGGCGGCAUUUUCUGCUGUCGAUCCCUUCUCACAAGCACUCUUGAGCUUCAAAUCAGAGAUCAUAGAUGAUUCCAACAGCUUGAGCGACUGGAUUGUGCCUACCCUUGUGAAUUCUUCUGAUAAAAUUCUUGCAUGUUCUUGGUCUGGAGUGAAGUGUGAUAACAACUCCUCUUCAAUUAUUGGUUUGGACUUAUAUAUGAAGAAUCUUGGUGGUGCACUCUCAGGGAAGCAAUUUAAUGUCUUUGUUGACCUUCUUGAUCUUAAUCUCAGCUAUAAUUCAUUCUCACAGCAACUUCCUCAAAGCAUCUUCAACCUCACCAAUCUAAGAAGCUUAGACAUCAGCAGGAACAAUUUUUCGGGUCAUUUUCCAAGAGGGAUAUCCAAUCUCCAAAAUUUGGUUGUUCUUGAUGCCUUCAGCAACAGCUUCUCUGGUCCCUUGCCACCUGAUGUUUCACAAAUUCAGCCACUCAAAGUACUCAACUUUGCAGGGAGUUAUUUCAGAGGUCCAAUUCCAUCAGAAUAUGGUUCAUUCAAGAGUCUUGAUUUCAUUCAUUUGGCAGGAAAUUUCCUCAGUGGUAAAAUUCCUCCAGAAUUGGGAAUGUUACGAACUGUAACUCAUAUGGAAAUUGGUUACAACGUAUACGAGGGAAGCAUCCCUUGGCAGCUGGGCAACAUGAGUGAGCUUCAAUAUCUUGAUAUUGCAGGGGCCAAUCUCUCUGGUCCCAUUCCCAAAGAGCUCGGCAACCUCACCAAACUUGAGUCCCUUUUCCUCUUCAGGAAUCAGCUAAAUGGCAUGAUUCCCUGGGAGUUUAGCAAUAUCGUUUCUCUCCAAAGUUUGGAUCUUUCUGAUAACUUACUUUCUGGAACUAUUCCUGAUAGUCUUUCGGAGUUGAAAAAUCUCAGGCUGCUCAGUCUUAUGUACAAUGACUUGAGCGGCACUGUUCCUGAAGGUAUUGCUAAGCUUCCACAACUUGAUACCUUGCUCAUAUGGAACAACUUCUUUUCAGGGCCACUCCCAGAAAACUUGGGCAGGUACUCAAAGCUCAAAUACGUGGAUGUUUCAACAAACGAAUUUGUUGGUGAAAUACCCCCAGGCAUAUGUGCAGGAGGGAUGCUGAUGAAGUUGAUUCUCUUCUCAAAUAAUUUUACAGGUGGGCUGCAUCCAUCUCUUUCCAAUUGUUCCACUCUUGUUCGUCUUCGAGUUGAAGAUAAUUCAUUCUCAGGUGAGCUGUCUGUGAUAUUUAGUAAUCUCUCGGAAGUAAUAUAUAUGGACUUGUCUAGAAAUAAGUUUGUAGGAGGGAUUACUGUUGAUAUAACCGAAGCCUCCAGUCUUCAAUACUUGAACGUGUCUAAUAAUCCGCAACUAGGAGGAGUAAUUCCAGAAAAAUUAUGGUCUCUGCCAUCGCUCCAGAACUUUUCUGCAGCCUCUUGCAGUAUUUCAGGAAAUAUUCCAUCAUUUGAUAUCUGCAAAUCUAUGAUGGUUGUUGAUUUAAGCAAAAACAAUUUAUCUGGGACUGUUCCUGAAAGUAUAUCCAAUUGUAAGGGUCUUCUGGCAAUGGACUUGUCCAUUAAUAAUUUAUCAGGUCAUAUACCAGUUCAGCUGGCUACUCUUCCUGCUAUUAGUGUCCUAGAUAUGUCGCACAAUAGCUUUAGUGGUCCAAUACCCAUGCAGUUUGGGAAUUCUUCAAGCCUAAAACUCCUAAAUGUGUCAUUCAAUGAUAUAUCUGGUUCCAUACCUCUCGAGAAGGCCUUCAGAAUGAUGGAUAGCAGUGCAUUUAUGGGAAACCCCAGGCUUUGUGGUGUACCAUUGAGAACUUGUCAUGGGAAGGGAAUGCCCAGUGGUCUUGAAUUGGGAAGCAGGAGAACGCAGAAGUUUGCUUGGGUUCUCAUAAGCUGCGCGGUCAUUGUCUUACUUAUCGUCAUGAUAAUUUUCGGGAUGCUUCAUUUUAGAAAAGGAACUAAAGGUGAAUGGAAAAUAGUUUCUUUCAGUGGGCUUCCUGGAUUUACUGCAAAUGAUGUUUUGAGGAGUUUCAAUGCUGCAGAAGCCGCAGAUGCGGUGCCAUCAUUUCCCCAUUCAGUUUGCAAAGCGGUUCUGCCUACUGGGAUAACUGUUUCUGUCAAGAAGAUUGAAUGGGAACAAAAGAGGGUGGACACCAUGUCACGCUUCAUAAACAGAAUGGGCAAUGCUAGGCACAAGAACUUGACUAGGCUCCUGGGAUUUGUCUACAACAAGCAUAUGGCAUACCUGUUGUAUGAUUACUCUCCUAAUGGAAGUCUAGCCGAAAAGAUCAAGAUGAAAAGAGAUUGGGAAACCAAGUACAAGAUUAUAAUUGGAGUCGCAAGGGGACUCAGCUUUCUUCAUCAUGAUUGCUUUCCCGCAAUUCCACAUGGGGAUUUAAAGGCUAGUAAGAUAGUGUUUGAUGAAACUAUGGAGCCUCAAUUGGAAGAAUAUGGACUCAGUUCAUUGUAUCAAUUAAAGAAUAUCGAAUUACCAGCGACAACUAACCCAGAAGCAGGUGAAGUUACCCCAAGCACAAAGGACCAGCUUUACAAGGAUGUAUACAACUUUGGAGACAUAAUUCUGGAGAUCUUAACAAAUGGAGGGCCGAGGAGCACUUCAAAAGAGGUUCUUUUAAGAGACAUUCUCGAUAAGAAUGAGAUUAGUCCCUCCAGUUCUAUGCAAGAAGAAAUAAAGUUGGUCUUUGACGUGGCUUUGCGCUGCACAAGUAGAAUAUCAGAUAGGCCGUCAAUGGAGAAUGCAUUAAAGCUUUUAUCGGGUUUGAAACACCAAAGGUCAUAGCGACCUCUUCGGAGAGGAGGCCGAAGCAUCAAGAUAAUCUAGUCAAUAAAUGUGACCAGAUAUCUGUAAGUAGUAACAUGUUAAGCUGAAAAUUUUGCAGUUGCCUUUAAUGUGGUUGAUAGUUUUCGCCUGGUUAAGUAGUACAGUACUAUUUAUAUUCCCCCCCCCCCCCC